GGGGUAGUGAAUGGGGCGCUGCGAGGUCGGCUCGGCUUUUGUGCAGCCAGCGGGCGGGCAAACCUCCCGGGCCAGCGCGGCCCGCCCCGCCCACGCCGACCCCUGCUGCCGGGGAGCGGAGACCCGGCGGCCGCGGCGGACUCCGGCGAGAUCGACGCAAGGUCAGCGGCGGACGCGCGCCAGGGGCGCCCGUGUGCCAGGGGCGCCCGUGUGCCAGGUGCGCGGCGGGGACGCCCGGGAUCUGGCUGGAGGGCUCCCUGGAAUCUCCACAAGUUGCUCCCAUCAUGGCAGAACUCACGGUGGAGACGCGGACCAGUGUGGACUGGCAGAAGCGCUGCCUGGCCCUAGAAACCCAGCUUUUCCGGUUCCGACUGCAGGCCAGCAAGAUCAGAGAGCUGCUGGCCGACAAGAUGCAGGAGCUGGAACAGAGGCUGCUGGAGGCAGAGCAGAGAGCAGAGAACGCAGAGACCCAGGUGGGUGUGAUGGAAGAGAAGGUGAAAUUGUCCAAUCUGAUGAAUGUGGACUCAGCAGGCAGCCUGCACCGAAAGUACCAAGAGUUGCUGAAAGCCAUGCAGGGCAAAGAUGAGCUCAUCAGCGAGCUGGAGGCACAGCUGGAGAAGCAGAAGCAGAUGAGAGCGGAAGAGGCAAAAGUUGUUCAAGAAAAAGCUGCAAAGAUCAAGGAAUGGGUGACCCUGAAAUUAGCGGAACUUGAGAUGGAGAAUCAGCACCUGAAAAGCUGUAAUCAGCACCUGGUGGAGCAGGUGGGAGCCCUUCAAUGUGCACUGGAAGCUCUUCAGAUGUCACCUUCAGGGAAGCUGUUGGUGGCCCCCCAGGGAACCACAGAGCGGGAGUCUGUCCCUUCAGGACCAGGAGCCCAGCCAGUGGGGCAGGACAGUGGUCCUCCGGCCCAGGGUGCCCUGAAGGCAGCUAUCCCUGCACCUUUUCCAGGUGCCCUGCAGAGCAAAGACUCUGUUCCUAAAGCAGGAAGCCCUGUGGAGGAUUCUAGUUCCCGGACAGUCCACCCUGGAGCAACAUCAGAGGCCAAGACCCUUCCACUUCAUUUGGGAAGACAGGGCUCUCCUGGCCAGCUGUGCCUGACGCCUCGCACCCCCAGGCAUGGUCUGGCCUCCUGGGGUGAGGGCCUGGUCACUGCUCAGGGAGGGACGCUCCCUCGGACGAAGACUUCUGCCAAGGAAGGUGGCCCCGGCUGCAGCCUGACCCUGCCAAAGGCCCGGGCUCCCAGCACCCUCCGGGACAGCAUCCAGCUGGCCAAGCGGCACCACAGCCAGCCUCAGGCAGGCCCUGGGCACUUCAGCCAUGUGGUGUGCAUUGAAGUGGGGACCCUCUCAGCCUUCCACCCCCCCAGCCUUCCCAAGGGGGUGGUCAGAGCUGAGCCCCGGGAGGAACCAGAGAAGAUGGAGAUGGAGGAGCAACCCCCCGUGGGGAAGAAGGAGGCCCAAGGAACAGAGCUGGAGGAAGUGGAUUUGGAGAACAAACCACCCACACCCCCCUUGCACCGCUUUCCAUCCUGGGAGAGCCGGAUCUACGCUGUGGCCACGUCCGGCAUGCGGCUGUCUGAAGUGCCUGUCAGAAGUAAUGCCACCAGCUGCGCUUCAAGCCCUCCUGCCCUGGCAUCACCUGGGCCAUUCUCUGGCCUUGUCUACAAGAAUGUCACCGUGCCUGUCUACACAGCCCUGAAGGGGAAAGCCACGCAGAUCAGCACAGUGCCCUUUGUGGAUGAGUCCUCUGGGUCCGAUGAUGACUGCAGUUCCCAGGCGAGCUUCCGAACUUCAGUCCCCUGCUCUGAGUCCAGGAAGACCAGUGGACUAGGCAGCCCCCGGGCCAUCAAGAGAGGCGUCUCCAUGUCCUCACUGAGCUCCGAGGGUGACUACGCCAUUCCCCCGGAUGCCUGCUCCUUGGACAGUGACUACUCUGAGCCUGAGCACAAACUGCAGCGCACCUCAUCCUAUUCCACCGACGGGCUGGGCCCAGGCGGGGAGUCACUGGAGAAGUCGGGCUACUUGCUGAAAAUGGGGAGCCGGGUGAAAACGUGGAAGAGGCGCUGGUUUGUGCUGAGACAGGGACAGAUCAUGUACUACAAGUCUCCGAGUGAUGUCAUCCGGAAACCUCAAGGGCAAGUGGAACUAAACUCCCGUUGCCAGAUUGUUCGAGGGGAAGGUGCACAGACAUUCCAGCUCAUCUCUGAGAAGAAAACCUACUACCUGACGGCUGACUCACCCAGCCUGCUGGAGGAGUGGAUCCGUGUCCUGCAGAGCCUGCUGAAGGUCCAGGCCAUUGGGCCUCCAGCUCUGCCUCAGGGGGGCACCAAGCCCACCGUGAAGGGCUGGCUGACCAAGGUCAAGCACGGCCACUCCAAGCUGGUCUGGUGUGCUCUUGUUGGGAGAACCUUCUACUACUAUCGAAGCCAUGAGGACAAGCGACCUCUGGGCCGUCUGCCUGUGCGGAACGCGCACAUAGAGGAAGUAGAUCGAUCCUGUGACUCAGACGAGGACUAUGAGGCUGGAGGAACCCGGCGGUUGCUGUCCUCCCACUACACACUGGUGAUCCACCCCCCGGAGCACAGCCCCACCUACCUCCUCAUUGGCACCAAGCAUGAAAAGGAUACGUGGCUUUACCACCUCACAGUGGCUGCGGGUGGCAGCAGUGCCAAGGUGGGCACUGCCUAUGAGCAGCUCAUUGGAAAGCUGAUGGAUGGUGAGGGAGACCCAGACUCCCCUCUCUGGAGGCACCCCAUGCUGUGCUACAGCAAAGACGGGCUGUUCACCUCCCUCACCACCCUGCCCUCCGAGGCCCUGCAGACGGAGGCUGUCAAGCUAUUCAAGUCCUGCCAGCUCUUCAUCAACGUGCCCGUGGAAGCCGCCUCGGUGGACUACCACGUGUCCCUGGCGCAGACCGCGCUGCAGGUCUGCCUGGCUCACCCCGAGCUACAGAGCGAGAUCUACUGCCAACUCAUGAAGCAGGCCUGCUGCCGCCCGCCGCAGAAGUACUCCCUCAUGCAGUGCUGGCAGCUCCUGGCUCUGUGCGCCCCCCUCUUCCUGCCUCAGCACCACUUCCUCUGGUACGUCAAGCAGCAGCUCCAGCGCCAUGCGGAUCCCAGAAAUGAAACUGGCCAGUACGCCACGUAUUGCCAGCGGGCGGUGGAGCGAACGCUGCAGACCGGGGAGCGGGAGGCCAGGCCGUCGCGCAUGGAGGUGGUGUCCAUCCUGCUGCGGAACCCCUUCCACCACUCCCUGCCCUUCAGCAUCCCCGUGCACUUUGCCAACGGGACCUACCAGGUGGUGGGUUUUGAUGGCUCCUCCACCGUGGACGAGUUCCUCCAGCGGUUAAACCAGGAGAUGGGCAUGAGGAAGUCCUCCCGUUCGGGCUUUGCCCUUUUCACGGACGACCCUGCUGGCAGGGACCUGGAGCACUGCCUGCAGGGGAGCGCCAAGAUCUGUGAUGCCAUCUCCAAGUGGGAACAAGCCCUGAAGGAGCUGCACACCGGAAAGUCUGAGGGUGGCACACGUGUUGUGAAGCUGAUGUACAAGAACAGGCUGUAUUUUCGGAGUCAAGUCAAAGGUGAGACAGAGCGAGAGCGUCUGCUGCUUGCCUCCCAAACUAACGGAGAGAUAGUGGCAGGGAGGUUUCCUGUCAACAAGGAGCUGGCUCUGGAGAUGGCUGCCCUGAUGGCUCAGGUAGAGUACGGGGACUUGGAGAGGCCCAUCCUUCCAGGACCUGGGGGUACACCCUCUGCCAAAGCUCAGCAUCACCUCCAGCAGGUCCUGGACAGGUUCUACCCAAGGCGCUAUAGACACGGGGCGGCCCCUGAACAGCUGAGGCACCUGGCAGAUCAGCUGACCACGAAGUGGGCGGCACUGCAAGGCUGCUCCUCUCCUGAGUGCAUCCGCAUCUACCUGACAGUGGCCCGGAAAUGGCCCCUCUUUGGUGCUAAGCUCUUUGCUGCUCAGCCUGCACAGCUGUCUUCCAAGGAGAGCGCUCUGGUGUGGAUUGCUGUGAAUGAGGAUGGAGUCAGCAUCUUGGACCACAAUACUAUGCAACUGCACGUCACCUAUCCCUACUCUUCGGUGAUGACCUUCGGUGGCUGCCGAGAUGACUUCAUGCUUGUGAUCAGAUCCCUUCCAGACCAGAGCUCUGGGAAAGGCCACGUUGAGAAGUUGAUCUUCCGCAUGGCUGCUCCCAAGAUUGCAGAGGUGACCUUCAUCUUGGCCAGCUACAUGAACCACUGCUCCGCAGCUGUGAACCCACCCACCACCCCCGCUGCUGCCUGCCAGCCAUGGGAACUGGAUGGACGACAGUUCUUUGCUUCUGUUCCCUGUGGUGCCAAGGGGCCAACGUUGCUGUGAAUAUUUCUCUUGCCCUUUUCCUCACCACCAGCUGGUGCCUCUGGGAUUAGACAUGUGUCCUCGGAUGUGAUACUACUGUGAUGGGUCUGAUAGCCCCUGCAACCCACCCCAGUUGUUCUGUGAAAUGCGUGCUUUGGUGUCCACUUUACUCUCCAGGUGCCUUAUCAUGUUCCAGGGCUAUCCUUUAAAAAUCCAGACCCCGUAUAAAAACCACUUUCCCCGCCUCCCCACAAAAACACUGAGCUGUGGAUGCUGUUCGGUUCCAGACACAGGGCUGCCCACUGCCCCUGGUCACUGAGGGCAUCAGUGCUAUACGUCAGUUUUCCUGCACUGCUGCUCUCAGGGAGACUAGCGUUGUUUAUAUUCUCUAUGGUCCUCAUGCAGGGAUUUAUACUUGAAGCUUUCCUGACAUCCCUGAACGGGAGAGGACUAGAAUUUCCAAUUCACUUGAACUUCAACAAAAGCCUGGCGCUCACUCAGGCUGGACUUCCUUUCCCACAUGGGAGAGGUGCUGGCGGGGCUGGAGACAAGGAGUGGACCCACCUUUCCCCUUCCCCUGCUGCACACGAGGCGUCGGUGGCGCCCUUCCGGGGCAGCGGCCCCUGGCCCUGCAGGACAAGGUGCUGUCUCCCGAGAGAGAAGCUGGUCUCCUCACACCGGACCGUCAGCGCACCCGAGUACAAGCAAGGGCAGGGGUGGGUCCACCCUGGCCUCUCCUUGUCUCAUUUUACCGACUGGACAGGGCUCACUGAAGGCUGUGCAUACUACUGUAGAAGGCAGGCAUCACUUAGUCCCCUGCUCACUGAAAGACCAAGCAAAUGCAUCCUGCUCUUUGCUACUCUGUCAGGCCACCAAAAAUGACUCAGAAACAGAAGAUCCCUCCUCCAGGCUUGUGAGCCUGGAUCUGCUUAAGACUUCUGGUGAACUUGCACUGGGAAUUAGUUUGAGGGCAGAGCACACACAUGUGUUAUCUGAUGCCUGAUUGAAAGUUUGUUUCACCUUUUGCCUUCCUGAUGAUGCCAAUAUCUCCCCACCCCCAAGUGACACCUGCUGUUGAGUGCAGAGAUGAUCUUGUCUCUGCCCUCCUGACAGGAAAAAAAAAAAAGACGAAAGAGUUCAUUUAUACUCUGAUUUUCUAACACAGGAGAAACUGAGUUUUAUUUCAUAGCUCUAAGGCAGCCUUAUCUUUUUCAAUAAAGUGCUGAACAAAGUAUAUGAGUUUAGCAUUAGCAUCUAUGAACCAAGCCUUUAACCCCAACAAAGUGUGUGGUGGGGGCACACUGCAAUAACUGCAAGGCUGGAACUAGUUUAUCUGAGCACCUCAGCUGCUGUAAGCUUCUCCUCUCUCUCCCUCUAAACUGAGCAUGAUGAAACAGGCAGCACAUCAGAGUGUCUGCCUCUUUUAAAUGAACUGGACUUUGCCAGGCUGGCAAUUUUAUAGCUGCCUCCCAAUUUGGUUUUUCCCUUCCCCCCAGGAUUUGGGAUUUAGCUGAGACAUUUCUACCUCGAACAAGUCACAUGUCACAUGUCCCACAGGCUCCUGAAUAACCCUUCCAGGGCUGCUGUAAAAGGCAGAAGUUACAGCUCUGGUUUUGUAGUAUCUUGAGUAUCUCUAAGGCAAAUAAAGAUAUUCUCAUCUACGGGACCCUGUACAGAACUACCCUGUACGGAACACAGGAGCUAGGUGGACAGAGACUAGACUUUUGUAGGACAUUGCUUCCUACUAACCAGUCCCUGAAGGACUUGCUUUUUUUCUUUCUUAACUUUUAUACAGGGACUCUGCACAGUUGGAACAAUUAUUUUUUUCAAAAGAGCUGAUGUCAGGAGUUAAAAUAAAAAAUCCCAAAGAAAAAGUAAGCAGGAACGGAGCUGUGUUUCUACUGAGUUUAGAGGGUCAAGCUGCUUUCCCUGCCCUGGCUUCUUCCCAGCCCUUCAGGAAUCCUCCCUAGUUUGUUGAUUUUAUACAAAAGAAACACCCUUAUAAACAAAGGCUUCUAUAGUAUGUAUGUUUAUCCUUCUUCAACAUGUCUGGGAACCAAAGUCAAAUUUCUGUCUGGCUUUUUGUUUCAUCCCUCUUGGCAAAAGAAGUUUCUGGAGUCAUAGACAGUGCUGAGUAACAAGAGUAUUAAUGUACUUGACACCCUUGACUGAAAUGCCAUGAUCAUGUUUGUCAAUAAAAAGCAGCUGUCUGAACCAA